ACAAUGGAACAGCCGACCGGUGAGCAAGAUGAGCUCAACCUUGAGCUCACCCUCCGCACCCCGGUCGCACCGGGCCCCGACGAGGGCUUCUUCCUCUGCAUGUACUGCGACCGUAAGCUCCGCAGCGCGCAGGCGCUCGGCGGCCAUCGGAACGCGCACAAGCACGAGCGCAGCGUCGCCAAGCGCCAGCGGCACAUCGCCGCCGCGACACGCGCACAAUGGGCGCAGUACGCCCCGCCGGACGAGGGGCCGACCCGGUACGGUGACAGAGGCGGCCACCAUGUCGUGUGUGCGGCUGAGAAGGCGAGGAGGACGGAGGCGCGGGAGGCUGCUGCUGCUGCUGGCGCUGGAAUGGCGGGUAAGCGUGGCAAUACUACGUCGGAGUACCGCACCAUCGAGCACGCGGACGAUGUGGACUUGACUCUCAGGCUAUGA